AUGCAGCUGCAACAAAUUGAAACCAAGAACAGGGACCUCCUAUCAGAAAAUAACCACCUUCACAUGGAGCUAGAAACCACCAAGGAGGAGUCGGAGACAAAGCAUUCUAAAGGCUACUGGCAGAUCUUCGCCUUAGAGAAUGACCUUGCCCAGACAAAGGCAAUUAAAGAUCAGCUGCAAAAAUAUAUCCAAGAGCUGGAACAAGCAAAUUGUAUCUUGGAAAGAGUGAAAUGGGCCACGAUCCUGUCUCAGGAAGAACUGGAGCAACACUUGAAUCAAACCAUUGAAAGAAAUGCCUCCCUGGAGAGCGAGCUUGACAAGAAACAUCUCCUAGAAUCUGUUCAGCAACUGAAGGAGGAAGCCAGAGAUCUGCAGCAGGAAUUAGCUGUGCAGCAAAAGUAG